AAGCAAGAGAGCAGUGUAGAAACGGAAUCAGAUGCGGUGAAGUCCGUGAGUUGACAGUGGGGUGCACGAGAACAGGCGUUUCGUAGUGGUGGAGGCGGAGGAGGUUUAGGGGAAAGAAUUGUUUUCUGUGUGCGCGAGAAACGUGUCGACAGUACGAGUCUCUAAACGGGUCGUCGUUGGUGAUGGUGAAAUGAUUCUCUAGCCCGAAGUUUUUGACUUGGUCCGCCUGGACAAAGAGGAAGAUCUUUUGUAUAUCGCUGCUCUUCAAGGGAUCGUACGCUCGUUCAUCCAUAGAAAACAUCAUUAAACGCUGACGUCGCGGAAUUCGUCCCGUGUCGUUUUCCUUCGUGGCGAGCGUCGAACAUCCAACGACUGACUAGCGACCAUCACGCGCGCGUGUCUUUGUUUUUUUCUCGGUGCUGAAUAACUGUACGGGAAAACAGAGUGUGUUAUAUCAUAGUGGUGAAAAACCAAUUCUUUCGCGGGUUCUGCUGUGGUAAAUAAUCCUAAGCAGUCAGAGGCCCUUCUGAAACGACAAUCGAGCUCAGCUGAUUCAAGGACUUGCUGCGAAGGGCUCUGCUGCGUUAAUAGACGAUAAAUAUGUCGUCCCCCAGCGCUGGAAAACGACGUAUGGACACGGACGUUCUCAAAUUAAUAGAAAGCAAGCAUGAGGUGACGAUAUUAGGAGGAUUAAACGAAUUUUCCGUCAAAUUCUACGGUCCACGGGGCACGCCUUACGAGGGUGGAAUAUGGAAGGUGAGGGUUCACUUGCCCGAGCACUAUCCCUUCAAAUCUCCUUCGAUCGGCUUUAUGAACAAGGUAUACCACCCUAACAUUGACGAGGUCUCAGGCACAGUGUGUCUAGACGUAAUAAACCAGGCCUGGACUGCCCUUUACGAUUUGUCGAAUAUAUUCGAGUCUUUCCUGCCCCAAUUGUUAACAUAUCCUAAUCCAAUCGACCCCUUAAAUGGCGACGCCGCGGCCAUGUAUCUACAUAAACCUGAGGAGUACAAGAAGAAAGUAGCAGAUUACGUGAGGAAAUACGCGACGGAGGAGGCGCUAAGGGACCAGGAGAACUGCGGUACCGAAAACGGAGUGUCGUCCGAUAGCGAGUCUUCGAUGAGCGACUUCAGCGAGGACGAGGCGCAGGACAUGGAGUUGUAACCAAAUAUUUUACCAUCCGUACCCAUAUCCUUAAUCUCGAUUCCCUGUAAACUCCGAUCGCUCGUCCUACCAAAUAGAUGCUUACAUUUUCGAACCUCGAAACCUCACUGUCGGUUUAGCUACGUGGCACACUCGUCACUUUGUUUCCGUAGGGGGAACCGCGAUCAGAUUGUUCGUUAAUUUCGAACCGGGAGGUAAAGGAAAAGAAAAGAAGAAAAGGAAAAGAAAAAUACGAAAGGAACAAUAAUGGGUUAAACGAUUAAAAGGAAAAAAAAAAAAAAAGAAAA